ACUAUUAUGCUAAUGGUGUUUUGCUCGCACUCGCGGGGAGCGGGGUUUAAAAGGCAGCGGCCGGGGGCAGGGGUUCAAAGGCGGGAGGCAGGGCUGCUCUGAGCGCGAGGGAGCGAGCGGACGGGACAGGACGGCAGGAGAGGAGCGGCGGGGGGGCACGCACGCCUUCCCGGCCCGGCGGCGAUGUCCAACGUGCACCUCUCCGGCACCGCCGCCCUGGAGCGCCUCUCGGCCCGGCGAGCCCUGGUCGAGCACGGCCGCAGCCCCGUCUGCAGGAGCCUCUUCGGGCCGGUGGACCACGAGGAGCUGGGCCGGGAGCUGCGGGAGCGCCUGCGGGAGAUGGGGGAGGACGACCAGCGGCGCUGGGACUACAACUUCCAAACCGACACGCCGCUGCCGGGGCCCGGCCGCCUGCGCUGGGAGGAGGUGGAGGCCGGCGCCGUGCCCGCUUUCUACCGGGAGACUCUGCAGGUGGGACGGUGCCGCGUCCCCCUCGUCCGGGCGCCCCCGUCCCCGCCGCCGCCGCCCGCCGCCGGCAAGGGC